AGCAGACGAUAUCAGGUUGCUCGUAGUAAUGGUAUCUGCGCCGUUCUACACAACCGGUUCGCUAAAAGCAAGUGUGAUUUCUCCAAACACAUUUCAGUUCCAAGUGUAGAGCGCGAUGAUUCGGGACGCUUGUCGACAUGCAGACUGCCUUUAUUAGUUCUUAUGAGUGAAUGGGGUUGAAGCGUAUGUCAGUUAGCCAGUUCUAAGGUUGAUCUAUUACAACAGUUUACAAAACAACAGUUUGGAUAGUGUCUACAACGUCUUAUAUAGAACCUGUUUUGGAUUACUGAAAUUGUCAAAAAGUUUCGAUAUAUUAUAUUUUUUUAUUUUAAAAAAAGCUAUCAUUUUGGAGGAUUACUUAAAAUGGAAUCGGCACCUUAUGAUAAUGUGGAGUUUCCUGUACGAAAACCGGGAACAGGGACUUGGCCCGGUCCAGGACAACAGCAAUCUCAAAUCAAACUUAUGUCUCAAACAAGCAAGGAUAGGAGUACUGUUGGCGGUCCAAAGUUGGCUCCACUUUUGGAAACUAUGGAAGUAGCAGAAUCGGAAGACCAAAGGAAUCAGUCCAAAAAUGUCACGUCUACGUCACGAGUAAGCAGUUCUUCGGUAACGUCUUCCAACACAUCACAAUCACAGCAACCAACUACCCCUUUAUUACUCAACGCUACAUAUACCGCCCAGAAAUCACCUAAUACACAACAACCAACUAAAUAUAAAUCAGACUCUAUGAUUCGUCCCGUCAUUGACGAUCAGGAGGAGUUUUUUGAUAGAAAAGAUUUUAACGCUGGUUCUAGAGCAAUGUUAGAUAAAGCUUAUAACCAACAUAAGCAUUUUUAUAGACUUAAUUCUAAAGUUGUUGAUGAAGGUGCUCUAUUAAAACAAGAUGUUUUAGAUGUUUAUAAGAAACAAGGAGAAGUGUUUUCAUAUGAACAGUUAUUACAAGGAAUGUUGGUCGAUGGGGAGAAGCUGUUAUUAGGAGCCAGCUGGUUGUAUGUGACGGGUGUGGAAUUUCUUGAUGCCGAUGGAACGAAUGUUGUAAAAGAACCGGUCGGUAAAGGAAGAAUUUGUUUGACCAAUCAACGAGUGUUGAUAUUAUCAGCUGAAAUAUUCACAGAUGCUGCUCUGUCAGAGAUAGGAGACAGUACUAAACCAACAGGUGGAUAUAAACUAGAUGUAAGGAAGACCAACUCUAUAUAUUAUCAGAAUAUACCAUUAACAUGUUUUCAUAGUGCUGAUUUAAGUGUAGCUGUAGGUACAUCAGCCAGCAGUAAAAUUAGCAUUAAACCACCGGCUUGUAAAGGUCUCUGUUCGUGCUUUGGUGUAGCACCGUGUAUUACAUCCUGGAAGUCUACGCCGCCAAUGACGACUGUUUUCAACAAACGAAUAAUCAGAAUUGGUGUGUCAAUGCCACCCUGGGCAACUCGUAUGAUAGUACUGGUUCAUCUAGAUCCAGAGAUGUCUUUGACAAUAGCACGUGACUUUAUUUCUCAGCUGCAAUAUCACGCGCCUUUGAUGCACUGAAUGCAGAACUGAUACGUGUAAAUUAAAUAAGAAACGUUAUGUAUGCAAAAUUCAUUAAAUAUAUAAACAUAUAUUUCUAUCUCAAAUAUAUAUUUCUAUUGGUGUAAUAUAAUUUAUUUAAAAUUAUUGAAGUCGAGUGCGUUUCUCAAGGUAUAACUAAAAUGGCAACAUACAGAACAUUCGAGUUUGGUGUUUGCCUCCCACCCCAUCCCAAACCUUUCCUGACAUUAACCCAUGGUCUUAAUCUUCUAUUGAUUAUUAAAAUGUUUGUAUAGAUUUGCGAUUUAAAGGACCAGGAUAAAUUAGGGCCGUAAUUUUCCUAUAGCGCUGUUAAAUAUUAAGAAAGAACAACGAAAGAGAAAUAGAAAUGAAAAUGCGGUCAAAUUUUAAGUAAACUGGAUAAUAUAAAUCAAAUUCAUAUGGUUAACAAAUUUAUCAGAUGUAUAUACAUAAUGCCAUUUCAGUUUCUCCCUCCAUAAACAUCAUAAUUACGUUAUGCUGUGUUCAUCAUUUAUUGUAUUUAUAAGCGUAUAAUUAAUCAUUAAUACACUCUACUAUCUAUCGGAUUAAAAUACAGAUCUAUAUUUCGUUUCGUUUUUCUUAUACUUUUGAUGGCCUACACUACAAGAAGAUCUGACCAGUUGUACUUGGGGGUCGCGUCUGGGGUCAUAUGAGCGGCUUUUGACAUUGAUUAAUCAACCAGCGUUGACGUUCCUGGGGUUUACUCACAGUUCCGUGCAGAGCAUGCCAAGAGCUUGCCGUGACAGACCGUUUCAUUGGCUAAAUCCCUACAUCAACUAGAACGCCUGUUACAUAACAACUCUUCCAGAUCCUAGGGUUGUGAGGACAAGUAAAACGAAAUUUUGAACUAUAAAAAACGAAACGAAAUAGGAUCUGUGUUUUAAUCUGAUUAACUCUACUAUUGGUGCUAUUUCUACACAUAUUUAUGUACUAUAUUCUACCGUGUUCACAAGUCUUUAUAACUUGUUAUCAACAGCACGUGUAUUUAUGGGGUUUAUAUAAAUCACCAUCUGUUUCCUUGUCAAAAUGUAUCGAACAGUGGUUUUGUUUUAAACCUAACUCUAGCAGGGGAGCCACGGUGACUCAGUGGUUGUGUCGCUGGCUAUAGGAGAUCCCUGUGGUGACCGAGAAAGUUCCUGCGGAUUCCACUGGCAAGGAAAGUUUUCUUGUUGCGCGGGUGGAACGAACAACCGGGGUCCCACGUACACAUUGGAGUAUUGGAAUUCGAGGACGCGCAGGCGGAUACACUGCUACCCACACACAUUAGAAAAAACGAGAGUUUAAACCCCGUUUCUAUUCUAACCAGUUAUAGUCGCUAUUACAUUUACAAGCAGUUAUCUACUACUGAACUACCAGAGCCUCGUCUAAGGAUUUGGUAGUGGGCGGCAAUGUCGGGCGAAGCCUGACCCCCGAGCACCAUAGAUGCGAGAGGCGCGAACACCGCAGGUGUGAUCCCGCGCGGUGGGUCUGGGGCCCUCCCCCAGAAAAUUUUGAAAAUUUACUCCCUUAGACUCGAUUUCUGAGCACUUAAAAAAUAGUUUCGGAGAUUUGAUACACUAUUAGUUUGGGCAUCUUGUUAAACCAUGGAUUGAUUAAUACCCUGUAAAAUCGAGAUCAAAACACUGCUGCGGCUGACCCAUAAAACAAUCAGAAAGACGAUUUUGUAAACCUACGCACCAUGAUAUAGUACGGUUUCAGGCCAGGGACAUGACAGAUUAUCAGCCUCAGACAUGCUUUGCACAUGGGAAAAACCUUGUCAGCGAUUUUCAAAACGUAUGUAUGUUGCCGCCCAGUCUUCAACUUUUGGGCUCAGUAAGCGGCAGUUUGGCCAGUGCGCGGCGGCGGCGCCUCCUCGUCACCAUGUUAAACGAGGCUCUGUGAACUACUGUGGCCGAAAUGUUGGUCCGUUGUCAACGUGUAUAACAGGUCAAAUUGAUAAGAUGGCGAUAUUCGAACCAACCUUUUUAUGGAAUAUAAUAUUGUAUAAUUAUCGAAUCUAUGGUGUAUAUAGGCUUGCUAAUGAAUAUUAACAGUAAAACGUUUAUUGAUUUAUGACAUUAUGUUUAUAUAUUUAUAUUGUAUAUAGCACGAGUGACGUGGCUAUUUCUUAUAUUAUAUCAAGUUUUUUUUAUGAUAAAAUUGUACAUAAUUUAUAUAUAAAGCUUUUGUAUCA